UUUGCCUCUUUGGAUUUAUUUUGCUAUUGAAUUGCCCAACUUGUUAUUGAUUCUGUGGCUAUUUAGUGUUUUUUUUGUCAAGAGUUGCCCAAUUCCAUUUCCUGGCAAUCAUCAAACUGUGACAGUCAUUAGGACAAAUUGUUCAUGGGGUCACAGGUCAUAUUGACAAAGGUACCUGCAGUUUUAGACCAACUGAUAGCAACAUUCCUCUAACCCACUUGACUGAAUGUUUCACCCCAACUUGGUCUGCCAAUUCACAUUUUUUUUGUUUAGUUUUUUUCAUCUCAAAUGUGUACUCACCCUACAUGUAUAUGUGACAGCUAAAAUGUAUUUUUAUCUGAUAUAUAUAUAUUUACACACACACACACCAACACACAGCGACUAAAAUAAGUAUUUAGGACGUCACGAUUUUUCUCACUAAAUAUAUUUCCAAAGGUGCUUAUUGACAUGAAAUUUUUACCAAAUGUUGGGAACAACCCAAGUAAUCCAUAUAUACAAAGAAAGUAGAAAAAUAAGAUCAGAAAAUAAGUUGUGUGUAAUAAUGUGAAAUGACACAGGGGAAAAGUAUUGAACACACCAACUGGUAUGUUUUUAAUACAUUGUACUAAAGCCUUUGUUUGCAAUGACAGCUUCACGAUGCCUCCUUUCUGGAGAAACUAGUCGCAUGCAUUGCUCUGGUGUUAUUUAUUUUCUCCGCUGGGGAGCAUUAGAUCAAUCGAAUGUCGAGCUGUGGAUCGGUUGUCGCGAGACUAGGAACCGGUUGCCUGAGGUUAGUGUUUUUCUCUUAAAAACAACGCGAGAGCACACGUAACGACCAUCGCGCAUGCUCCUUGACAACAUAGAGUAACAACUGAUGCUUGGACGUCAUGUGCAACGGAGUCAUAUGUGACCAUGAAAGCCCACCAUAUUAUUUCAAAUUGGCAGCUAAAGUGUCAUGUUUUACAGACAAGGGUGUUUAAAGGGUCGCACACCGGGAAGAAUAUAGGUACUUUGCUGAAACAGGCAUGCAUUGACUGGAACCUUGUUGAUAAGAAUCUAGCCCUGGUUUGGACAAUGCCAGUAAUAUGGUGUUAGCUGGGGAGGAAGCAGAGAUGAGCCCUCACCUCAUGUGCUUUGCACACACCAUUAAUCUUGCCACACAGAAAGCCUUCAGAGUGAACACGGUAGCAAGGUUGCUGGGAAAAGUGAGGAGAGUGGUUGUUUUUUUUCACCACAGUUUUAAGGCAGCAGAAAUUCUACAGGAGAAACAAAAACUGCUGGCCUCGCCUUCCCACAAGAUGUGACAACCCAUUGGAACAGCUCCUAUGACAUGCUUGAACACUUUUUGGAGCAACAACCUGCUAUUUCUGCUGCACUCCUGUCCAGGGAUCUCAGAAAUGGAGGAGAUGUCAACACUCUAAAGGACAAAGAUUUUUGCAAUUGUGAAGACAUUGUCAAGCUGAUGGCAACGGUCAAACUUGUGACCAUGACCAUGUCUGAAGACAAGCAGCCCACACUUUCAAUGAUUUCCCCAGUCAAAGCAAAUAACUUUGAAGCAUCAGAUAAAGACAGUGGUAAUCAGAGCGAUGAAGCAGGCAUUCACGAAUGACUUGGAGAAACGCUACCCAGGCCUCGAUGAUCUCUUUUACACUGCAGCAGCUCUGGAUCCCCGGUUUAAGGCUCUGCCCUUUCUGAGUGACAAUGAUGCUGAGAGGAUAUUCACAAGCAUCUCAGCAGACGCAACAUCCUUGAAUGAAAAUGUAAGUACUUCAAGUCAACACUCAACAAACUGUCAUUUACUCAAAGUACAUUAGAAUACAUUCUGAUUCUAUUAUGUCAGUCUGCUGUGCUUUGUUGCUGUUACAAUAUUUGCUCUCACUACUGUUACUGUUACAGUACACUACAUUUAGCCAUACACUGACUGUAGGAUGAUAUAUUCUUUAUUUCUAGGCAGCAGCCCAUCCAGCUUAGAAGGGUUCAGUGCAGACACAUCCAUGUCAGACUCACCCUGCCAAUGAAGACCAAGACAUCACCACUGAUAGACCCCAGACCCAUGAUAUAUCAACAGCUCAUAACUCUCCUUGCAAAAAGAAAAAAAUAUCAGCUCUGGACCAGCUGUUUGAAGAAGACUUUGAAGUGAGGAGCACAGCAGCUAGAUCUGUGAUUGACCAGGCCAGUGAUGAAGCGAGGAGGUACAGAGAUUGUGAGACUUUGCCCCUGAAAAACAACCCACUACAAUGGUGGAAAGAGGAGUGACCUGCCAUUGCUGUCGUCUCAUUUGACACGUCAAGACUCGAACGCUUCUGUUUCCGGUCCGAGCGGGCUGGCUAACGGUGGCAGAGCUCAAAGAACAUAAUCAUUUCAUAAACUAAUUAAGUUCAUUACGUUUACUGAAAAGGGGGCACGGUGGACGACUGGUUAGAGCGUCAGCCUCACAGUUCUGAGGACCGGGUUCAAUCCCCGGCCCCACCUGUGUGGAGUUUGCAUGUUCUCCCCGUGCCUGCAUGGGUUUUCUCCGGGUACUCCGGUUUCCUCCCACAUUCCAAAAACAUGCAUGGUAGGUUAAUUGAAAAUUCGAAAUUGCCCGUAGGUGUGAAUGUGAGUGCGAAUGGUUGUUUGUUUAUAUGUGCCCUGCGAUUGGCUGGCAACCAGGUCAGGGUGUACCCUGCCUCCUGCCCGAUGAUAGCUGGGAUAGGCUCCAGCACGCCCGCGACCCUAGUGAGGAGAAGCGGCUCAGAAAAUGGAUGGAUGGAUGGACGUUUCCUGAAAAGAUUUUUUCUUUUGAACGAAACGUUCGGGAACGAAACAACACUAUAUCAGGAUUCCUACUUAAAAUACGGGUUUAUCACAACAGUUAACUCUCACGGACCGUGUCCGCUCUGAUACAGAUACAGUCGUAGGUUGCUGCUCGACACAGGCAAUACUACUUUACGGAGUUAAAAGUCUACUCAUUGAGGAGCUACGGAACUGCAGUCUUGUCUGGCUGCCUACAAUAACUCCGACCCCCACUCCUGCAUCGCACCUACAGUGGACGCACCACGAACGGCGAAGGAGGAAGCAGAAGCGAGCGUGUGUGUGUAUAUAUAUGCACGCCACCACAGCCGGUCCGUGAGAAAAAUGCAGUCCUAACCGGUCCGCGGUGCAAAGAAGGUUGGGAGCAUAGAGCCAAAUAAUUCAAGUACAUCCUUUUUAAGAACAAUUAAUCCAAAUAAUACAUUAAACAUUAGCAUUGUAAUAUAGUACAAUAAAUUAAACAUUUUGGAUAAUUAAAAACAAAUUGAACACACUCUGCCUCUGUUCACAAAAAUUGCACUGAACAAAUAUUAAACAUUUGGUACGGAGGUAUAAACAGUCAUUAAUGCCCUAUCAGGAAAUAUCCAUCCAUCCAUCCAUUUUCUGAGCCGCUUCUCCUCACUAGGGUCGCGAGCGUGCUGGAGCCUAUCCCAGCUGUCAUCGGGCAGGAGGCGGGGUACACCCUGAACUGGUUGCCAGCCAAUCGCAGGGCAGAUAGGAACAAACAACCAUUCGCACUCACAGUCAUGCCUACGGGCAAUUUAGACUCUCCAAUUCAUGCAUGUUUUUGGGAUGUGGGAGGAAGAAAACCAACGCAGGCACGGGGAGAACAUCCAAACUCCACACAGGCGGGACCGGGGAUUGAAUCCAGGUCCUCAGAACUGUGAGGCUGACGCUCUAACCAGUCGGCCACUGUGCCGCCAUCAGGAAAUAUGCUGCCAAUCAAGUUUCCAGUUGGUAAAGAAAAAGUGCACAAAUAGCAACAUUAAUAACAGCACAAGUAGAUCAAAGCAACAUGUUUUGAUUCAAGAUUUGUACUAUUCAAAAGUCUGAAGCCUUUUUUAAAAAUCUGCUUUGUCAAUAUGUUCAAUGGCUCCAUCUCUGACAAUAGUGAGUACGCUAUACUGUAUAUAAUGUGACCAUACUGUAUGUUGUCACGUUUGUAUUUGCAUUAUUUGGGCAAAAAAAAGAUAAUUGCAAGCUGACGGGAAAUGGGAAAUGUACCAUCGUGUUUUUUUCUUCCCAGCUAAAGAAAUUGGGAAGGAUGGUUGUGUUUAAAAUGGAUUUUGUCUUUUUGAGGUUUUAAGUUGUGUUGUCUUUGUUGUGACUUCAUACAAAUUCGACAUACCAGCUCGUUGGUGUUAGCGGGGCGCCCGCGUUCAUCUGGCUUGAAUCCAAAAUGUUCCCACAUCGUUGCGAUGUCACGGGCCUCCCUCUGGAGCCAGGCCUGGAGGUGGGGCUCGAAGGCGAGCGCCUGGUGGCCUGCACCCAUUGGGCCUGGCCAGGCACAGCCCAAAAGGGUAACGUGGGUCCCCCUUCCCAUGAGCUCACCACCUGUGGGGGGGGCCAUAGGGGUUGGGUGCAGUGUGAGCUGGGCGGUGGCCGAAGGCGGGGUCCUUGGCGAUCCGAUCCCCGGCUACAGAAACUGGCUCUAGAGACGUGGAAUGUCACCUCUCUGGCAGGGAAGGAGCCCGAGCUGGUGUGUGAGGUUGAGAAGUUCAGACUAGAUAUAGUCGGCCUCACCUCCACACAUGGCUUGGGCUCUGGUACCAGUCCUCUUGAGAGGGGUUGGACUCUUUUCCACUCUGGAAUUGCGUUGAGCAGGUGUGGGUAUACUUAUUGCUCCCGGCUCGGCACCUGUACAUUGGGGGUUCACCCCGGUCGACGAGAGGGUAGCCUCCCUACGCCUACGGGUGGGGGGACAGGUCCUGAUUGUUAUUUGUGCCUAUGCACCAAAAGCAGUUCAGAGUACCCACCCUUCUUGGAGUCCUUAGAGGGGGUGCUGGAGAGUGCGUGGGAGGAGUUCGGUGAGGCCAUGGAGAACGACUUCCGGACGGCUUCGAGGAAAUUCUAGUCCAUGAUCCGGCGUCUCAGGAGGGGGAAGCAGUGCACCAUCAACCCUGUUUAUAGUGGGGAUGGGGUGCUGCUGACCUCAACUCGGGACGUUGUGAGUCGGUGGGGAGAAUAUUUCGAAGACCUCCUCAAUUCCACCGACACGCCUUCCCAUAAGGAAGCAGAGUCCGGGAUCUCUGAAGCGGGCUCUCCUAUCUCUGGGGUUGAGGUCACCGAGGUGGUUAAAAAACUCCUUGGUGGCAAGGCCCCGGGGGUGGAUGAGAUUCGCCUAAAGUUCCUAAAGGCUCUGGUGCCAGUACGACCGGUGCCAGUUUGGUCUGCAUUGCUGGCAGUAAGUCGGACUCGUUUCCAGUGAGGGUUGGACUCCACCAAGGCUGCCCUUUGUCACCAAUUCGGUUCAUAACUUUUAUGGACAGAAUUUCUAGGCACAGCCGAGGCGUAGAGGGUGUCCGGUUUGGUUGCCUCAGUAUUGCAUUUUUGCUUUUUGCACAUGAUGUGGUUCUGUUGGCUUCUUCAAGCCGUGAUCGCCAACUCUCACUGGAGCGGUUUGCAGCCGAAUGUGAAGCGGCUGGGAUGAGAAUCAGCACCUCUAAAUCUGAGACCGUGGUCCUCAGUCGGAAAAGGGUGGAGUGCCCUCUCUGGGUCGGGGAUGAGAUCCUUCCCCAAGUGGAGGAGUUCAAAUAUCUUUGGGUCUUGUUCACGAGUGAGGGAGGAAUGGAACGCGAGAGCGACAGGCCGAUCGGUGCAGCGUCUACAGUGAUGCGGACUUUGUAUCGGUCCGUUGUGGUGAAGAAGGAGCUAAGCCGAAAGGCGAAGCUCUCGAUCUACUGGUCAAUCUCCGUUCCUACCCUCACCUAUGGUCACGAGCUGUGGGUCGUGACCGAAAGAAAAAGAUCCCGGAUACAAGCGGCCGAAAUGAGUUUCCUCCGCAGGGUGUCCGGGCUUUCCCUUAGAGAUUGGGUGAGAAGCUCGGUCAUCCGGGAGGGGCUCAGAGUAGAACCGCUGUUUAGGAUGCCUCCUGGACACCUCCCUGGUGAAGUGUUCCAGACCCCGGGGACGCCCCAGUACACGGUGGAGAGACUACGUCUCUCGGCUUGCCUGGGAACACCUCGGUAUCCCCUCGAAAGAGUUGGAGGAAGUGGCUGUGGAGAGGGAAGUCUGGGCUUCCCUGCUGAAGCUACUCCCCCCGCGACCCGACCUUGGAUAAGCGGAAGACAAUGGAUGGAUGGAUGUAUUGUCGCGGUGGGGUUAGGCUUCGGAACUAAUUCCAUUUAUGCCGCUCAACUUUCUAUAACUGUGCAACAACCAGUUUGCUGUCAGAAAACGUAGCUAUAAAGACCCUUACAAAUGCCUGCAUUUGAAAAGCACGCACACGUGUGCGCGCACACAUAUGCAGCCGCACAUACGCCCGAUCGGAGGGAGGGUAGGAUAUUCCCGUCCCGCCCUUCACUAUUUAUGAUUGGUUUGGAGACCAAAUGGGUUUUAUGUGUCUGGUUUCAAGUCACAUUUCUUCCUCAAAAGGCUGGGCGUACAGGUGGACCCGCUCUCUCUCUUUUUGUUAGCAUUAGCAUUCAGAAGUUAGGGUGCAUAUGCGACCAAAUUAGUCGCACUCUUGUCAAAAAAAUAAAUCAUACGCUGGAUAUCCAGCACCAAGAUGGAAUAUUUUAAUCCAUAACAUUGCAACCUUGGACGCAGAUUCAUCUUAGUUUAUGCACCCCUGUUCAUUUUUGUGUGUCUCAGACAAGGGACGCACAUCAAACGAGAUCCCCGGGAUUGCAAAGUUAUCAUUGUUCUUUCACCAUCGUUCCUGUCAUACAGUGUUGUGUGUUUUUGUUUGCACAUUAAGGACAAAAGUCCUGUUUUUUGUUUUAAUUCCUCAUUUAAAAAAAAAUAACAACAAAAAAAAAACACCAUUCAUGCAACACGUUUUUCAUUCAUGUUUAUAACAUUGUAGGGUGAAAGCUGCAGCUGGCUGCUUGUGUGGAGUGAAUGGGUGGCAACGAUGGGGGAAUGAAAUGCCAGUAUUUUGAGGGUAAUAUCCCGUCAGCAACAUAUCGUAUUUUUAAAAAACACUAUGAAUUAUUUCAUUUUUGGACCGGUGAACUUUGUUCAGAAUUUUGAAUUAUGAUCUAUGAACUGAACCCGUUCAUUUUUGGAAUGGUGAAUUGAACUAGUUAAUUUUUGGAAUGGUGAAUUGAAAACGAACUUUCCCAGCACAGAUCCUGUAUUGUUUCAUAUCGCAAUAUAUAACGCAGAUUUACAAAAAAUCGCAAUGUCAUUUUUAUCCAAUAUGGGCCAGCCCUAUGCCACAGUGCACAUUCCUCAUACCUCUGUGUGUUUUCUGCAACAGCCUACACAUGCUACUCUGUGCCAGUGACAGCGCUGUUGUGCCACUUCAGUCACAAUUUAACCAAGUUUGGUUUACCUGCAGCGGCACGGUGGACGACUGGUUAGCACAUCUGCCUCACAGUUCUGAGGACCGGGCUUCAAAUCCCGGCCUCGCCUGUGUGGAGUUUGCAUGGUCUCCCCGUGUCUGCGUGGGUUUUCUCCGGGUACUCCAGUUUCCUUCCACAUCCCAAAAACAUGCGUGGUAGGUUGAUUGAAGACCUUAAAUUGCCCGUCGGUGUGAAUGUGAGUGUGAAUGGUUGUUUGUUUCUAUGUGCCCUGCAAUUGGCUGGUGACCAGUUCAGGGUGUAUCCCACCUCUCGCCCGAAGAUAGCUGGGAUAGGCUCCAGUACGCCAGCGACCCUAGUGAAGAUAAGCGGUACAGAAAAUGGUUGGAUGUUUUACCUGCAUAGAAGAAAAAUGGCAUCAUGAUUUAGUCCAUACCAUGAGUUUGCUUGAUACGUUCAUACAUGUCCUAUUGAACCACAACAGUGGGGUGAAAAGAAAAAGAAAAGAAAAUUAGUCAAGUUCCAUUAAAAUGGACUAAAGGGUGCCAAUGUGAAGCCACCUUCCUUUGUCCAAUAAAGAGAAGAUACCAUGUCUGGUACAGUAUUUGUGUAUAUUCAACUAUAGUUUAUAGCAACAGUAAUCUCGUGACCAAGACAAGUCUUAGAGCUGGCAGCACAGAAAAUGAUUGUCCAUUUUAAAUGCUGACCUUCCAGUAUUGGACUCCACACUCCACAUACUUAGAGACAUAAGAGAAUUAGGCAAGAAAUGCAGCUAAGCAGACCAAUCCUCACAUUCUUUCCACUCGUGUGUGGGAAACAAGUGACAACGCUGAUUAGCACUGGGCCCAACUGACCUGGCUCAAAUGACUCCUACUUCACAAGUAAUCCAUUCUAACAAAACUAGAUUUCAAGUCUCCUAUGAAAUUGUGAAUAUAACAGUGUUAACAUGUUGGCUUUUAUCCUUGUAGUGUGAUCGGUAAGUAAGCCAAUGUUUCUAGCUGCUAUGGUUAAGCUAUUAAUCAAACAUUUGCACAGGAAAAUAAAUGUGAACGUGUGCAAGUUGGAUAAAUAUAAUGCCUAUUUACAGCUGUUGUUUACGGUCAGGUUUGAAGUUCAAACCAUAAUCAGCUUCCUUAUGCAAAAGAAAAACCAAGAAGACAGAAAAAUAACAAAAACUACAUGACAUCAGGUGCAUGAAAUCUAAAUCCGAAUAUGACUUUGCUCUUGGUUUUGCCCGAAACCUGUUGUCAUUGCCCACAGGUGUAAGCAUAAAAUGAUCUACCAUCAGUCCUCACAAACUGGGCCAGAGCAUGUCUUGAGUGAUUACUGUCAGCUCUUUAUUGGUUGGCCCUAGCUGGAGCAUGUUACUUUCCAUGUCGUUGCUAAUUAGGAGAUUAAAGUUUCCUCGAUGCGCUUAUCAUGUUAAAACAUAAUGUAGCCCUUAGUGGGUGUCAGCCGUCUGAGUUUUCAUUUCUUUUGCAUGUUUCCUUUUCCUUCCUCUUUACUGAUCUUCAUCUGAUCUGAUAUAGAGACUAAUAUUACAUUAAAUUCCUUUCUAAUUGUUUCAAUGAAACAAUACAGUAUAUACUGUAUAUUUUUAUAUAUCUUCAUUCUAUCUCGACCUGUCCUGUAUGAUCUACAGUAAUGUGGAUUUUUGAGAGCAUCUGUGACUCAAUUUGCAUUUUGUGAUGGAAAAAACUCAAAAGUAUUAUUCAUUAAGCUUUAUUAAAUAGAAUAGUCAAUCUGAUGUGAAUCCAUGAAUCGGAAAACAAUACAACGGUACCAAAUAAAAUGUUCUGUCUGUCUCUUCGUAUUUAAAGUUCUUUGGAAGUCUAUGAUGCUCUCGAUGCCGAUAUACUGUAUGACUUUUUGUUUUCAACCCCACAUAAACUUUCUUAUCAACAUGAAUGGAGGUUUGCUCUCUUUGAACAGCCGUAUGACGUUACAACAGGAGGCUUCUAUCCACAUCCGUGUUUACAUGGCCCUGAUAGCCUUGCAUGCUCAGAUACUUUUUCUACAAGUUAAACUCACAUUCAGUUUGACACACAGGGAGACAUUGGGAUGUCACUGAGGCCUUUCAGAGUUCUAUCAAGUAGGUAUUUAGAGUUUAGUAGGUAUAGUAUUUGUCAAUUGUCAGAAAAGUAAUUUUAGACAUCUUAACCUUCAGAUUUCUUUCUCUCAAAUCCUGGAAAUGCAUGGUGAGUUUGUUAAAGUCCAGUUGCAGUUUUAGUAGCAUGUAUUCACUUUAAUUUAACAGCAGCAUUGGGAUGCAUUUUUUUCUUUGACAUAACACGAGGACUGUUCCUUUCAAGCUGCUCCUAUUAAAAAAAGCUAACACACAUUUUCCUCUUUUCUACUCCUGUCUGUUGCCAUAGUGGUGCGAUGGUUAGUACUGUCACCUCACAGCGGGAAAGUUUUGGGUUCAAACCUGCCCGCUGGGGCCUUUCAGACUGGAGUUUACAUGUUCUCGAUAUGCCUGCAUGGGUUCUCUCUCGUUCUCCCACAGACCAAAAACAUGCAAGUUUUUACAGAUUGGUCAAACUCUAAAAUAGCCGUAUGCUAUAAAUAUGUGUCUCUCUAUGUCCGUUUGCCCAGUGACAGAUGAUGAUCUCGAUGAAUGAACAAUAUCUAAUCCAGUUUCUCAAAUGCUCAGCUACUUUUGUCUGUCAGAUUGCAUAUCAGUGUGGCUCAUGUUGUAGGGCACAUAUAGACAAAAAACAAAACAAAACAUUCAGUCAUUCACAUUCACACCUAUCGACAGUUCCGUCCACACAGAAAAUGUUAUUCGUUUUUAAAAUGUUUCCUGUGAACAUGGAAUCGUUUCAACAAAUAUUAUAUUAUAUAUGCCAGCCUUGAAGUGGCACUGUAACCCUUCCAUAGGAAGUCACCAAAAAGCCUGUGCGAUGCAAACAUACUCCCAACAAUGGUGGCCAAUGCAAAUCGGGCAAUAAAGGAGACAUUUAUGUGGACUGACAACGAGGUAGAAUUUCCACUUUGGAAAGAAAGCCCAGCUUAAAGCCAAGGUAAAGAACAUCCAACACGCUGAUCCACAAUUAUUGUUUUAUUGUUGGUGAUGUUCGUGCAUUGUCAUGUGAUACUGGGACAACCGUGUCGUUGUUUCACGAAAGAUGGACAUGUGUUGCACACAUGGAAACAGGAGGACAUUCUUUUAAGAGCUAUCCACCUGGUUUGAGAAAUGAUUGUUUUCAGGCUCACAAAACAUGGAUUAAAUUUUGAAACAACAACAACAAAACCUUUGAAUAUACAGUACACUGAAUAAAGCCUGCAAUUAACAAACGGGCAAGUUUUUGCAGUAUGUGAUGGAACCGGAUUAACCGAAACUACAACCACAAUUCCAAUGAAGUUGGGACGUUGUGUUAAACAAAUAAAAACAGAAUACAAUGAUUUGUAAAUCAUGUUCAACCUAUAUUUAAUUGAAUACACAACACAGACAAGAUAUUUAAUUUUCAAACUGAUAAACUUUAUUGUUUUUAGCAAAUAAUCAUUAACUUAGAAUUUUAUGGCUGCAAAACGUUCCAAAAAAGCUGGGAAAGCGUCAUGUUUACUUACCACUGUGUUACAUCAUCUUUUCUUUUAACAACAUUCAAUAAACGUUUGGGAACUGAGGACACUGUUUGUUGAAGCUUUGUAGGUGGAAUUCUUUCCCAUUCUUGCUUGAUGUACAGUUGCAGCUGUUCAACAGUCCGGGGUCUCCGUUGUCGUAUUUUACGCUUCAUAAUGUGCCACACAUUUUCAAUGGGAGACAGGUCUGGACUGCAGGCAGGCCAGUCUAGUACCCGUACUCUUUUACUACAAAGCCACGCUGUUUUAACACGUGCAGAAUGUGGUUUGCCAUUGUCUUGCUGAAAUAAGCAGGGGCGUCCAUGAAAAAGAUGUUGCUUGGAUGGCAGCAUAUGUUUCUCCAAAACUUUUCAGCAUUAAUGCUGCCUUCACAGAUGUAUAAGUUACCCAUGCCAUUGGCACUAACACAACCCCAUACCAUCACAGAUGCUGGCUUUUUAAUUUUGUGUCCAUAACAGUCCGGAUGGUUAUUUUCCUCUUUGGCCCGGAGCACAAGAUGUCCACAAUUUCCCAAAACAAUUUGAAAUGUGGACUCAUCGGACCACAUAACACUUUUCCACUUUGCAUCAGUCCAUCUUAGAUUCUAAGGUUCUUUACCUUAGCCAGAGAAGCCGGCGGCGUUUCUGCGUGUUGUUGAUAAGUGGCUUUUGCUUUGCAUAGUAGAGUUUUAAGUUGCACUUACGGAUGUAGCGCCGAACUGUAUUUACUGACAUUGGUUUUCUGAAGUGUUCCUGAGCCCAUGUUGUGAUAUCCAUUACACAUUGAUUUCGGUUUUUGAUGCAGUGCCGCCUGAGGGAUCGAAGGUCACGGGCAUUCAAUGUUGGUUUUCGGCCUUGCCGCUUACAUGCAGUGAUUUCUCCAGAUUCUCUGAACCUUUUGAUGAUGCUAUGGACCAUAGAUGAGGAAAUCCCCAAAUUCCUUACAAUUGUACGUUUAGGAACAUUGUCCUUAAACUGUUCGACUAUUUUCUCACGCACUUGUUCACAAAGAGGUGAACCUCACCCCAUCUUUGCUUGUGAAUGACUGAGCAAUUCAGUGACGCUCCUUUUAUACCCAAUCAUGACACCCACCUUUUCCCAAUUAGCCUGUUCACCUUCUAAAUAGGUGUUUGAUGAGCAUUCCUCAACUUUCUCAGUCUUUUUUGCCACCUGUCCCAUCUUUUUUGGAACGUGUUGCAGCCAGAAAAUUCCAAGUUAAUGAUUAUUGGCUAAAAACAAUAAAGUUUAUUAGUUUGAACAUUAAAUAUGUUGUCUUUGUAUUGUAUUCAAUUAAAUAUAGUUUGAACGUGAUUUGCAAGUCAUUGUAUUCUGUUUUUAUUUUUGUUUAACACAACGUCACAACUUCAUUGGAAUUGGGGUUGUACAAUGACACUGUAGUAGCUCAUCCGAAAUGAUGAACUAAAUGUGCCCUGAAGCAAGAUGUUUAUUGAACAUUUAAGAGUAAUAAAGUGCAUGUGCUUUUCAUUAGAUUACUGGAUAAAACAAUGAAAAAUGUAUAUUAUGGGAAAAGGAUAAAUGUAAAGCAAGGUGAGGUGUAAUAAAAACUCAGUUGUCAUGGAAAGAGCACAUGGACACAAUACAGAUAAUAAAGAAAAUGAAUACGGGCAUCUCUAUAGGGAGACAAUACCUUCCUUAUGUUACUGAACACAGUGUGGGUAAAGUAGAUUAAAUCUUUAAUAUUGAGUUAACUGGACUAUAACUCAUCUGUGUGGUCCUCUGUAUCAAAAGGUCUCAUUAAAUUUCAAAUUGCCGAGAAUAGAGCUGGUAAGGUAGUUUUACAUUGCCCCAAAGGAUAUAACACACAAAGUAUGCAUCGUAAAAUAGGCGUGCCUUUAGCACAGUCACAUUCUUCAGCAAUACUGUUUAUUCCACCUAACCUGAGUUUUUACACAAUCAAAUUAUAAGAGGUAGUCAAAUCCAUACUUAUUCCACUAGAUUAGCAGAUGAUGGUCAAAUUACAUGACCAAUCUCAAGCUCUAACGCUUUAAAAAAGGCAGUAUAAUCUGUUGUGCCUUCAAGCUUUGGAAUAGCUGCCCCCUCCACAUAUGACAAUCUAACAGGAUGUCUCCAUUCAAAUUCCAUUUAGUAAUGCAUUACUGAACAGCCCAGCAAUAAUCCAGUCUGACAAGUAUGUUUUAUCCCUGUUUAUCCAUCUAUCCAUCCAUCCAUUUUCUGAGCCGCUUCGCCUCACUAGGGUCGCGGGCGUGCUGGAGCCUAUCCCAGCUGUCAUCGGGCAGGAGGCGGGGUACACCCUGAACUGGUUGCCAGCCAAUUGCAGGGCACAUAGGAACAAACAACCAUUCGCACUCACAGUCAUGCCUACGGGCAAUUUAGAGUCUCCAAUUCAUGCAUGUUUUUGGGAUGUGGGAGGAAACCGGAGUGCCCGGAGAAAACCCACGCAGGCACGGGGAGAACAUGCAAACUCCACACAGGCGGGGCCGGGGAUUGAACCCGGGUCCUCAGAACUGUGAGGCUGACGCUCUAACCAGUCGGCCACCGUGCCGCUGUGCCGCCUAUCUCUGUUUAGUUUUGCGUUUUGUUCCGUUGAAUGAAUUAUUGCGAUAAAGACAGGUAACUUGUUAAUUGAUUGUGAGGUGUAAAUGCAAGACAAAAGUGUUUUUUUGGGACUACUGUAAACAUGGUGUUAAUUAAGAUUUCUAUUUGAUUGUGGUGAUAUUAAAAAUGUGAUCUUCUGAUGCAAGGUUUUAUGACCUCUUGGAAGACUACCUGGUUCCAUUAUUAAUAUAGAAAUUUUUUUUUAAAUACAUUUGGAUAUUUUUAAACAGCUACGAUUUAGUGUGAUUGUUUGUAUCCUCUCAUAUCAUUUGCAUAAACUUUAGAGAGAUCAAUUUGCAUAAUAAGCGCAGUCUGACUUUUUUUUAAAAAGCUGACUGUUAUGGAAUCAGAUCUCAAACUGCACAAACCAUCAACUAGGUUGUGCCACAGAGUUAAUUUCCUUGCUUUGCAUUUUUAAUUCAUUUAUCAAGUGUAUAAAGCAGGAAGGAACCAAUCCUUUGUUUUCUGAUGGAUUACACAACAGUUUAAAGGUCAGCGCAGUGAUGUCAGAGAGACAGAUGGAAGUGCAAGAUUGGGGUAAACUUGUAAAAGCUGGGUGACCCACCGGGCUCACCAAAUCCAGCAGAUGGACCUGCAAUGAAAAAUCCUGACUGCCUCUGGCAGUUAGGCUUUACACAGAGGACUACUGUUACCACUGACCACAACCCUUUGAUGCUUGAGAACGUCUGCGCGUGUACGUAUCUGUGUGUGUGUGUGCGUGUGUGUGUGUGUGCGCGCGUGUGUGUGUGUGUUUGGUGAAAGAGCGGAGAUGAGAUAAGUGGAGUCGGCCUGGGUAGGGAUCAGCGAUCAGAGCAUCUUUGUUUAGAAAACUGAUCACUUAUUGUUCUGAUGGGGCCAAGAGGCAACACCAUGCACAAACACAUUCAUAUGCAAGUGAUAACUAUUUUGCUGUGUUGUGCUUUGUC